AGCGGGAUGCUGGACGAUGACGAUGCAGAUCAGUAUGACUUCGAUUACCUUGACAAGCUAGUUGAAAAACAUCAGGAUCGUCAAACAUGUCCAGCAGCGCCCCCACCGCAACAGCAGCCGCAGCAGGGCCAGGGUUCUCUACUUGGCGCGGGGGCCCAACCACAGCAGCUGCAAGGACAAGCGCUACCGCAGCAGCUGCAACAGCAGCUGAUACAACAACCUCCCCUGCAGCAAUACCCUCAGCAGCAGCUCUGGCAGCAGCACCCACCGCAGCAAACACGCCAGCACCAGCCCUGGCCGCAGAACCCACCGCCGCAGCAACAGCAACAGGCGUGGGUGCAAAACGUUCCUCCUCCUCCUCCUCCGCAGCAGCAGCAGCAGCAGUUUCCCGCGCAGAACCCGAUGCUGAAGCAAACACAGCAGCUGCAGCAACAGCCGCCGAUGCCUGGAGCCCCAACAGCACUCCUGGCUCACCACCAAACUCGCCAAGCGCCAGGAAGUUUCCUGAAAGCCCAGGAGCACCCGUCUCAGCCGCACCUGCAAGGACAGAUGCAGCGAGCCCCGAUGCAGCAGCAGCCAGAAGCAGCGGCAGGCGACAACUCAGGCACGGCGCGUGAUGGUGCCCUUGCAUCAGUUGGUGGAGGGGGUGCUGCUGCUGCUGCUAGUAGUGGGGUACCGCAGCCAGCUGGCCCACCAUCAUCAUCAUCAUCAUCUCGCCAGGCGACAUUCACCGCGACCUUGUCGCUGGAGGACAAUAAAAGGUUCGCUGUCAGGGUACGUGGUCCGCCGCGGCAGUCGCAUUUGGGUCGCAAGGAGGCCGGUUACACCCCGGAGGGGAGCCCGGUGGCCGGUCCGGAUGCAGAAACACGCGGAGUGGGCUUCCACGACGCGCUGAAGGCGGUGUUCGGCAUCAUCAGGGGCGCGUCUGGCUACGACCACAAGGUCCAGGGCUGGACAUUCCCGCUGUCGGAGUACAGGCACGUCAUGGAGGCCCUGACCGGCGGGCGGUUGGCGACGCGCAGGGUGGUGGUCAGCCUGCAGCCGACCCUGCCUGACUUCGUGAAGAACAUGCUGGAAGCCGCAGCGUCGCGUACGAACGACGAACGGCAAUACGACAAGCUGAUGCGUCGGGCGCAUGAAGGCGAGCAGUCCUUGGACGAGAAGAUGAUGCCCUUCCAGCGCGACGGGGUCAGGCAUGCACUCCGGUUGGGCGGCCGGGCGCUCAUCGGAGACGAGAUGGGACUGGGGAAGACCGUGCAGGCUUGCUGCCUGCUCAAAUGCUACGCUGAGGACUGGCCGGCGUUGGUGGUAGUGCCCAAGUCCCUGAGGGAGACCUGGGCUGACGCGCUGUUCAUGUGGCUGAAGCUCACGGACCAGGAGGUGUUUCUGAUCAAUUCGCCCAAGGACGUUGAUACGCUGCGGGGUAGCUGGUCCUCUGCGAAGCCCAAGAUGGUCGUGAUCAGCUAUGACACGCUGUCGCGGGCAGGCGACCAAAUCCAGAAGCUCAAGCCGCAGAUGGUGGUCCUGGACGAGGCGCACUACAUCAAGAACGGCAAGGCGAAGCGCACGGAGGCCGCCUUGCCGCUGAUCAAGCAGGCUCGUCACGCGGUGCUGCUGACCGGCACCCCCGCGCUGUCCAAACCCAACGAGCUGGUGCCGCUGCUGCAAGGGCUGUUCCCAACAGCGGGAAUCAAGGCCAACGCAUUCAACGAGCGUUACUGCGUUCCAGAUUUCAUCUGCUGCGGCAUCAAGUCCAGGCACCCUGGUAAGUUUCGCGGCUCGAAGAACGAAACGGAGCUUAACCGGCUGCUCCAGGGAGUGGUCAUGGUGCGCCGACUCAAGGCCGAUGUGCUCAAGCACCUGCCUGCCAAGCAGAGGCAGCAGGUUUUCAUCCGGCUGCCCGACAAGGAGACGCGGGAACUAGGCAAGAUGAAACGGGAGCUGGAGGGCAUCCGGGCGGUGGCCAAUUCAAUGAUGUCGGCCGGGGGAGCAUCCGGCCUGGCGGGUGUGUCUCACGAGCAGCAACAGACCAUCAUGAGGCUUUGGCGGGAUACUGCGGAGAUCAAGAAAACGGCGGUGGCGGAGUACUGUUCGGACCUCCUCGAGGCGGAUGGAGCCAAGUUCCUGCUGUUCGCACACCACAAGGUGCUGCUGGAUGCGGUCAAGUCGUUGAAGGCACGCUACAUUCGCAUCGACGGCGGCACCAGCGGUGAUGACCGCGGCAGGCUCGUUAAGCAAUUCCAGGAGGACGCAGAUGUCAAGGUGGCCAUUUUGAGUAUCAAGGCUGCAGGAGUGGGACUCACUAUGACCGCAUCCAGCCUGGUGGUCUUCGCAGAGCUGAGCUGGGUUCCGGGGGACAUCCAGCAAGCGGAGGACCGCUGCCACCGCAUCGGCCAACACACCUCCGUCAACAUCCACUUCCUCCUGGUGCGGGGCUCCAUUGACGAGCUCAUGUGGGACACGCUGCAGAACAAGCUGAGUGAUGUGGGCAAGGUACUUGACGGCAGCGGUGCGUUCAUCAAGGUCGACACGACUCGGGAGGUUCGCAACCUGGGCACCAAUGCGGCUGCAAACCAUCCUCCUCCGCCGCUGCCUGGUGGCGCUGACGGGAGCGGCCCCAGCCCCGGCUCCGAUCUUGGUAACGAUGAACGUGCAGAAACGCGGGCUGUCGGCACUUCUGACAGCAAGUCGGCAGCGGCACGAAGCGGUAGCAAGGCAGCAGCGGCAGCGGCUGGGAGCCGCCGCAUAUCCGAUUACUUUGCACCCGGAGGUGGAGGGGUGGCUGCAGGGCGAGGGGGAGGUGGGGGAGGGGUGGCCGGCAAGGUCGAGGGCGAACGGCGUCCAGGUGGAGGCGCCAUGGCAGGACAAAAGCGAGGCCGAGCAGGCCACACGGAGGAGGCGGAGCUGGCUGACGACGGAAACGACGACGACGACGAUGCAGAUGACUUUAAGAAGAGCCGUCGUUGAGGGCAGACGGGAGACUCCGUCUUGAGAUGCGGGUUGGCCAUCUGUGUCUGUUCCUUUGCGGUCGCGAAAUGGCACACGGCAUUCCCACGGUUGCUGCGCCACACAGCGCUCGACGGCGUGGAAUGGCCGCUUAUCGGUGUUGUUUGUGUUUGUGAUUGGUGUUCUAACAGCGCUUUUUCUUACAGUUUCCGGAUAGACAUGUACCUUCGCGUGUGCGUGCUGUUGACAUGGCAUGCUGUUCUGCUGGCCAGGCUGCAGGACUGCACACCUGCAGGAUUUAAACGGAUUGAACAUCUGAGGUGCGGCUCCUGCUGCGGCCUACCAAGGGAUUUGGGGGAAGACAACUGGCGUGCAUCACGCAGCACACUGCUCCACGGCAGGGCCCAGAGCUGAAGCAGACGUAUGUACGGCAUAUAUAGAGGAGGCUAGGAUGACCUAUAAUAGUUCGGAGCUCGGAGUCGUGCACGCAGGUCACGCUGGAACAUUUCUUGAUUAGCAGGUGGGGAUGCAGGCAUUGCGCUUAUCGGUACCGUACGGGGCGAGGAGUGGACUCUUGUCCCGGGUCCGCCUCUGAACGGCCUUGGAUUGUUUGAACUAUAUACUUUGGCUGCUUUGAGAGGGCACCAGAGAAAUAACGACACCGAAACC